CAAAUAAAGGAGGAACAGAAUCGUUCAGUGACAUUUUAUCAACACACCAUGUCUAAACUGCACGGUUUAAAGGGGUUUCUGACAGAGAGGUUAACUUUGGCUGCCCAAGAAAUUUUUACGGCGGUUGAAGACAUAUUUGCAGACUAUAAUGAGGAGAUUUGUCGCUCCAGACAUGAGAUAGAGCUGCUGAAGAGACGCCUGCAGGAGGCUGGAGUUCAGAUUCAUUCUGAAUCACAGCCCUGCUCCUCUGAGACUUCAGCGCCAAAAUGCACCCAGACAUUUUCAGAAAAGCAGUGGAGAUCUGAAUAUGACGGGAAGGACACAGAGAUGCAUAUAAAACUAAAGGUCUUUGCAAAGCAGGAAGAUAAUAGAGUGCAGAUGCCUGUGUGUAAUGAAUCUGCAUCUUUAUCAGCAUGUAUGGACGUUGAAGAUGAUCAGCUGGUCAGCAAAGACGUUGCAACCUACAUGAUGGAAGAUUUUACCCUCAUUAACCAUGCUGCUCAGAUUAAGAACGAACCUGAGCCUAAUCCUGAAAUUGGUAGCACCUAUCAGGCACAGCACAUCACAAGAUACAGCUCGGAUGAUACAGGGGACAGUGAUGCAUCCAGCAGCGGCAUCAAAAUAGAAGGUAGCCACAAUGGCUCCCCUGCUCAUGAGUCACAACUGCAUGAACUGCCCAACAGAAAUCAAGAGAUGUUGACACCGAACAGGAUGGAGCUGUCGCAUAUAAGAGCGAGGUUACCAGUCAAGAUGUCUGCCAGGCUACGGGUAAUAAUGGAUGGUAAAAUCCGCAAGCUUGUCUUGCCAAGUGGAAUCCCUAAAACUGUACCUGAACUGAAAUUGCGGGUAAAGGAAACAUUCAUGCUUGACAGGGAGUUCUGCCUACACUAUUUGGACUCUGAUUUUGAGGGUCAAUUUUUUACUUUGAUGGCCACAGAUGAAAUCAAAGACAAUGAUACAAUCAAAGUUGUUUUCAUAGAACCACAGCCCGUAAUGGCAUUGACUCUUCAGGAGUGCUUCAGUUCCAUUGGCCAGGAAAGUUACCAUUACUCCACUAUGCCAAAUGAAGACACCAGCUCAUCGCGAUACCGAGAUGCAGUCGGCUUAUUCUCACCUGAGAGUACUUCUAGUUCUUCCCUACGUUCCCAUCCUUGGCCAACUCAAUUUGAGAUACCUUCCUUUGCAUAUGACACAGAGCUCAUUCUUAAAGCUGGCAAUGAGGCAUACACAAAAGAUGGAAGCUUUCUCAUCAAUCCAAGUGUCAAAUCUGACAUUCUAGAAAAACUUGCUGAAAGCAUUUUUGAGUACACCGCAUAUCCUUCCAGUGCUCAAAGAGAGCAGGUUGUCGAAGCCUUGAUUCAAAAGCACCCAUGCCUUAGGGAGCCUGGAUCCUUUAAUGGCUUAUAUGGAUGGAAUACCAGACUUAAGUACAAGAUGGGCAAUUACAGAGCUAAGAUCAGGUCCAUAGGUUGCCCCGAACUUGAUGCGAACAGCAUUAAGAGAAAGGCCAUAGAUGAGAGAACUCCAGCCAAGAAUAUUAAAAAACCAAAGAAGGCAGAGGUGAAUUACCUACCACCACAUCCACUUGGUGAAACUGAUGAGACCCUAGAAAAGGAGCGUGUGGAGCUACUGUUUGAGGUUAAGAAGAGAGACAACAACCAAACUAUCUGUCAGAAAAUGCAAAAGACCUUCUCUUACCGCAGAAAAGAGAUUAUUCUACAAAGCCUUCCUGUGAUUGAUAUUAAAACAAGAUGGCCUGCUUUGUUUCAGCCCUCACAGAUUGAAGAGGAAUUUCAAAGGAUUACUACAAUCCGACUACAAUCAACAUUCAUGCAGAAAUUAGACCUCUACACCCCAAAGCUGCUCAAUAUGUUCAAAAAAAAGGGUGGUGCUGCAGGAGGGAAAAUCAGCAAGGCCAUGGAUUUGCUCUAUACGAGCAACACCAUUGAUAGAAGACGACAUGUUGUUAUCAGUAGCCUCAUCACAUACCUUGGCGAGAAAGUGGAAAACCUGAUAAUGGAGCAUAAGGAUCUGUAUGAUGACCUCACUUCCAUGAUCCUCAAGAUUUUUGUCAUCAGCAGAGUCACCGAUGACAACAGUCCCACAGUGAGGAUAGUCUUUGAAGGAUCAGAGGUGCUUACUGGUGUUUCCGAUGUACCCCAAGCAUGUGGUUUCCUAAUGGGACUCAUUUAUGCUUUAAACCUGAGCUACCCUAAAGAACUUAAAUAUACCUUUGAAGUUUUUCAGAAGGUCUUUUUGGAGCUGGAUGCAGGGAAUCUGUCUUCCAAGGUGCACACUUUAAAAAGCAAAUUACUUGCUUAAAAGGCUUUGGUUUUCUUGCCUCCUUUCUUUUUUUACAAUUCAAAUUUGUUCACAGAUUUUAAAUGUGUGCAAGUUGAAGGUAGUUCAUUUCAAUGUGGUCUAAUUGAAUCGGUGUUAAUUCUUCUCAGAAUGCUAAUAUGCUGUCUGAUAUUCAUGUCUCUGGUCUUAACUUUCACUUUAGACAAAUUUGAAUUUUGUGGGUUUUCCCUUAUUCUGUUUUUCAUUGAUGCCAAAUCAUUGAAUGUGAUAAAUGUGCUUAGUGAAAGAAAAAGUACUGUUUUUGAGUUUACCGUGUAAAAUAUCAUGUCCUCCUGUAGUUCCUGUAUUACUGGUUCUUUGUAGUCACUUUAAUGACAGGUGGGCAUAAUUACCAUUUAAGCCCAGAAACAUGGCAUUUUUGUUUUUGUUUUUUGUUUUUCUUUAAAAACGGCAAAAAUUGGAUAAGAAAUUGUUGAGUAGGACUCUCAAUAGUAAAUGUAUCUAAAUGCUCAAAAUUGCUGCUGGUGUAAUAUUUUAAUUUAAUGUUGUUCUAACAUUGUACAAUACAUACAAGUACUCCUUUUCAGUUUUAGGUUUACUGUUUUAAAUAGAUCAAGACCAAUCUUCAUGUUGAUGUACAGCAAGUACUCUAUAUUUGUGACGGGUAUAUGCAGUUUAGUUUGGCAUAUUAGCCCAAGAAGGUGCUGUUUUGUUCCUUUAAAAUAAAAUACUGAUUACAGGCCUCUGAAUUGAAUGCUGUUGUAAUGUCGCAAUUAAAUUUGU